AUGAGUGCAAUUUUAAAAUUCAUCCGUGAAAAUCACAUAUUGGCAGUCAUAGAACAAGCUAUUGCGAAAAAGAAGUCACGUUUGAGUUUAAAUUCAUUUGAAAUCACUGAAAUACCAUCGUUAUUAUACACAUGUAUGGAUGUAGAGCAUCUUUAUUUACAUCUAAAUAAUAUAACGACGAUCCCUGUACAAAUAACACAAUUGCUCAACUUGACUACUCUGACGUUGGACUAUAAUAAUAUAAACACUCUACCUGCGGAAAUAGGUAAUUUAAAAAACUUAGUUAACUUGAACAUAAGUUACAAUCCACUAGGUGUGUUAAUACCUGAAAUCGGUGAUUUGGAAAAUCUUGAAGCCUUUUGGUGUAAUAGGAUAGGAUUGAAAGAAAUACCAAAGGAGAUUGGUAAAUUGGCAAAGUUAGACACAUUUGGUGCUAGAGGAAAUGAACUUCAAACUAUUCCUGAAGAAAUGACAAGAUUGACAAAGUUGAGAUGGUUAACUUUAGAGUACAAUGAAAUAGACGCUCUACCAAACACAAUGAAUAAUUUGGAGGCUUUAGUUCAUUGCAAUUUGAGGCACAAUAGUCUUAAAGAGUUUCCCACAUCCUUACUCAAAUGUGGCGAUCUUAUGUUCUUACAGCUGAAUCAUAAUCAGAUAGCGAGUAUACCUGAAUAUUUUAAUACAAAUGCAUGUCCUGUGCUCGAAAUGAUUGAUCUCAGGCUGAACCCUAUAUGUGAAUUGUCUCAUCAGGACCAUCCCCUAAUCCGUUAUACAGAGGAACUACCCCAAUCAGAUGCAUCUCUCAUCUCAAGUAGACAUCACGCUGCCCAAGCCCUGGCAGUUAACGCUACAGCACUAAGGUUGCCCGCUGUACCUAACCAUAGACAUGUUGGUCCAGAACCACCAAUGUUAGAUAUUGAACUCGAUGCCUCGUCCAUAGAAUCGUCCGAAGACUGGGAGAACAGUGUGAACAGUUCGGAACUAGACGUGCAGUACCAAAGCGAUGAUGAAAGGGCCGAUAAUGAGGCAGUCGGCAUGGUGUUGCCAGAACUCUCGCGAUACGCUUCUACAGCCAGU